AGCCGCGGAAUCGAAAGAGAAAACGGCCGGGGCUGGCGGCGGAGCCGGGGCGCGAGGAUGGAGCUGCGGUGGCUGCUCUGGCUGCUGUGCUGCGGGGGCGGCGGCGGCACGGGCUCCGGCGCCACCUUCACCCCGACCUGGCCGCGGAGCCGCGAGCGAGAGGCGGCCGCCUUCCGGGAAAGUCUUAAUAGACAUCGAUACUUGAAUUCUUUAUUUCCUAGUGAAAACUCCACUGCCUUUUAUGGAAUAAAUCAGUUUUCUUAUUUGUUUCCUGAAGAAUUUAAAGCCAUUUAUUUAAGAAGCAGACCGUCCAGGUUUCCCAGAUACUCAGCAGGUGUACAAAUGUCCAUCUCCAAUGUAUCUUUGCCAUUAAGAUUUGACUGGAGGGACAAGCAUGUCGUAACGCAAGUGAGAAACCAGCAGACGUGCGGAGGAUGCUGGGCCUUCAGCGUGGUGGGUGCAGUGGAAUCCGCAUGUGCGAUAAAAGGGGAGGCUUUGGAAGACCUAAGCGUACAGCAAGUCAUUGAUUGUUCCUAUAAUAACUAUGGCUGCAAUGGAGGCUCUACUCUGAAUGCUUUGAACUGGUUAAACAAGAUGCAGGUAAAACUGGUGAGAGAUUCAGAAUACCCUUUUAAAGCACAAAACGGCCUGUGCCAUUACUUUUCUGGUUCACAUUUUGGAUUUUCCAUCAAAGGUUAUUAUGCAUACGACUUCAGUGAACAAGAAGAUGAAAUGGUGAAAGCACUUCUUACCUUUGGCCCUUUGGUAGUCAUAGUAGAUGCAGUAAGCUGGCAAGAUUAUCUGGGAGGCAUAAUACAGCAUCAUUGCUCUAGUGGAGAAGCAAAUCAUGCAGUUCUUAUAACUGGAUUUGAUAAAACAGGAAGUACUCCAUAUUGGAUUGUGCGGAAUUCAUGGGGAAGUUCAUGGGGAGUAGAUGGCUAUGCUCAUGUGAAAAUGGGGAGUAAUGUUUGUGGUAUUGCAGAUUCGGUUUCUGCUAUAUUUGUAUGACAUGUUAGGCAGAUGAAGAAACAAUUACAAAAAUGAAGGUUUUCCUAAUACAGUGUAACAUAGUACUUCAUUUUAAAUCUUAUUCAACUUCAGGCUGCAGCAACUACCUACAAAAGAUUCUAGGGCCCAGGAGUAUUUAAACUAAGUUGUAGAAUAUUCCCUUCUUACGGAGAGAUGGACAACCAAAGUCUGUAGGAAGAACUCCAGCACUGCAGUCUGCAAGAAAAUCUGUGGAACAGUUUGCUGUCCUGGGAGGAAGGUCAGAUUAGUAGAUAUUUUAGGUCCCUGCAACUUGAAGAUUCUAUUGUUUGUUUUUUUUUCCCUUAUUAUUUGUUUGUUUAUUUGUUUUUAAUGAAAUUCUUCAGAUGGGAUCAAAGAGGCGAUAAGAAUUUAUUUUCUUUUCUGGGAUAUAAUCACUAGCCUUAGAUUACCCCUCUACACAGGAAUGGCCAACCUAAAAUUCUGUGUGCCUCACACAAUUAUAUUAGCAGCCCUCUGAGAUGGAGUAUCAGGAUUUGAAACACCAAGUGCUUUACCUCAACAAGCAGUGCUUACCUUGAACAGCAAAGCGGCCAUAUAGAAGGAAACAAAGGCAAAUCCCUUCUUAAGAGAAACAGUUAAAGUGAUAGCAACUAAAUGACCAAUAUGGCAACUAUGUGUUCAGAAAUCUCUACUAGCAUUCACAAGAGACAAGUUUGGAAAUUUUCAUUGCCGAUAGGAAUCCAGUAGAUUUUAUUUCUUACUUUUUCCCCUUUAUUAGAGAACAAAGUGUUAUGCCACAUUUUCUCACCCUCUUUCUCUUUCUGUUAAUCAAAUUUUCCUAGUGGUUUGGCUUCCCUGACCAAAGAAUUCUCAUUUUUACUUUCUAGUUCUAUUUUCUAACCACUUCCUGGGCUCCCUUCAUCUCUAUGCCUUUAUCAACAUCUGGCUCUUCCUCCCAGGAUUUGUUAGCACCACUGUUUUCAAAGUCCAAUCUCUGAACCUGGGGGUAUCAGCCAAACUGUGAGCUCCCCAGACUCUGUCCGUUUUCUGCUUGGUUUUCCGGGUCUUCAGUCCUAACUUAAGUGUUCUUUGGGGUGUUCUUUGUGCACCCCUUUUUGCCUUCGCUUGGUUCUCAAGUCAUGAUGCCUGUGAUCUCUUGCAUCGUUAAUUGUGCGAAUGAUUUCAGGUGCUGUGCCACGAUUGAAGUUUGAUUAACUUGCAUCCACAGCAGUGACCAAUAAUCCUGUGCAGAGAGAGGGGAGCUAUGUUCUGCUUCUUGUGUAAGCAGUGGCAGAACCCUAGAACCAAAGAGCUCAUCUUCUGAUUAAGUACAACCAUAUUAAAUGAGUUACUAUAAGAACAUCAUUUCAAGUACUACGUAUAUAAAUAUUACUUCUCUAAAAUUUGUCAUUAUUUUCUAAUGUAGAAGAUCUGAACAAAAGUAAAACUUCAUAGGCAGCAGAAACCACUAAAAAAAUUCAAGGACAUCUCAUUUUUUCUCUAA